ACUAGAUACUAAUUGGUUAUUUGACUUGGAUUAAGAAAAUCUUAUGUAAUUGAACAUGAAUUCCACUAAUAGAUUUCAAUUUUCAUUGAAAUUUGUUUAUUUUCAUUAUAUGAUAACAUUAUUGCUAAUGAUUAAUAAAACUUGUUAAGUAAUAUAUCAAAUAUUAGAGGAACAGACUUAUUGAAGAUUUGUGUCCAUCUUAGUUUUGUUUCUUCUAUGGUCACAAAUGAAAAAGAGGGUUACAACGAUAAUAAAAUAGUAAAUACGAUGUGGUGUUAAAAUCGGUUUAAACUGUCGACAAGAUUUAGUGGAUAUAAUUCAUGUAAUUAUUUAUUUUCUACAUGCUACGACGUAAAUAAAAACAGUAUUUAUGUAAUAAUAAUUAUUAAAACACACGACGCGUGUGUGUGCGUGUGUGUGUAUGUGUGAGAUUAGUAUUGAAGUUAAUCGAACGUAGAAAUUUCUACAUUUUCAAAACAGGUUUUUUUUUACAACAAGUAACAAUGGAAGAAAAAGAUAGUGCCGAUGUAUUGGGAGACGAAGAAUCUGAAGAAACAGAAAAUAUAAUAAUAAAUGAAGUCGACGGAUUACCUAACUUGCAUCCUAAUUAUGAACAAUUAGAACUUGAUUUUGAAGGAGAAAAAGGACAUGGUUGUUUGAAUUCAAGAUCAAUAGACGAAUUAGUUCAUGAUGAAGAUUUACCGACUUCUGUUAUUGUUACAAAUGUAGAUCCUGGAGUGUUCAAAGUAGACGAAUUAAAGUCUACAAUAGAGGAUCUUUUUAAACAAUUUGGAGAAGACGCUACAUUCCAAUACUUUAAAUCAUUUAGAAGAAUGAGAGUUAACUAUAAUUCUCCAAGUGCAGCAGCUAAUGCUAGAAUACAAUUACAUCAAACUCACUUUGGUGAAACUGAUAUUAAUUGUUAUUUUGCACAACCUGUAACACCGAUAGAUAUGGAAGAUCAACAUCUUCAACCGCCAGCUCCUACUAAGCAGUUCCUAAUUUCUCCUCCGUCGUCCCCACCCGUGGGAUGGGAGCCACGCGAGGAAAAUGAACCUUUAGUCAAUCAUGAUUUAUUGGCUGCUAUUGCAAACUUGUCUGCAGGUGGUAGUCAUGAAUUACAUCCCGGAGGUUCUGGGCAACCAGGCAUUGUUGUUCACGUAUGUGAAACUGAAAAUUCUAUAAAAGGUGGUCCACGUAUUCAACAUACACGUUGUCCAGAACAUUAAUGAAUUUAUUUAGAUACACAUAAUACCUUAUACACGUCCAAUAAAUCAUUUAUCCAUCCAAAAAGUAACUAUAAUAAACAAAAUAUCGUACAAAAAUGGCAAUUAAUGUAAAUUAUAAUUUAUGCCGUAUUUUUAUGAAGUAUAAUGCAACAUUUAAUUUUUUCUUUCUUUUUCAUCCAUUUCAAAUUUUUGCCAUUAAAGUUAGAUAUUAAAGUGUUAUAAAUAGUCAGUGAAUAUAUGCAAAUUCUUAUGAAAUAUAGGUAUUUAAUAUUUAAUAUUAAAGUUCUAAUCAAAAUUAAUUACAUGACAAACUCUUGUUAUAUCAAUGUAAAAAAUUCUUCGCCCCCGCCCCCGCCCCUAAUUAUAAAUGUUAUUAAUAAUUACUGUUUACAUGUAGUCUACAAGUUCUAGACUUAAUAUCAGUUUGAAGUGUCUGUUCUGAGAAAAUAUGUUCAUUCAUUUUUAGACUAUUUAAUGUUAAUUCGGGCUAAAUCAAUAAUACAAAUGACAAAAAUGUACAGUUUACGAAUUAAAAACAAAAAAAAA